GGUUUGGCAACAGAAAGCACGCGAAGAAGAGUUAGGCGUUGGAGUUGUAAACAUGGCUUCUUCCGUCGGUUGUCAGCAUUAUGUACGCAGUUGCCUCCUGAAAGCUCCAUGCUGUGGGAAACUGUAUGUGUGUCGGCUCUGCCACGAUGCCGAGGAAAACCACCAGAUGGACCGUUUCAAAGUCCAGGAGGUUCUGUGCUCUGAGUGUAAAACCCUGCAGAAGGCUCAGAAGAACUGUCAGCAGUGUCACGUGCAGUUUGGGGAGUAUUACUGCGAUAUCUGUCACCUGUUUGACAAGGAUAAGAAGCAGUACCACUGUCAGCCUUGUGGGAUAUGCAGGAUUGGACCCAGAGAGAAAUACUUUCACUGUCAGAAGUGCAAUCUGUGCUUAGCCCAGGACCUGCGAGGAAACCACAAGUGUGUCGAGAAUGUGUCAAGGCAGAACUGCCCUGUGUGUAUGGAGGAUAUUCACACAUCCCGGAUUGGCGCUCACGUUCUUCCUUGCGGCCAUCUUUUACACAAGACAUGCUUUGAUGACAUGGUCAGAACAGGCGCGUACCGCUGCCCUCUCUGCAUGCAUUCUGCCUGGAACAUGGACGAACACUGGGAAAUGAUGGACAAAGAGAUCGCUCAAUCACCGAUGCCCGCUGAGUACCAGGGUGCCACUGUCAAAGUUAUUUGUAACGACUGCCAGUCCCACUGCACCGUGCCUUUCCACGUGUUGGGGAUGAAAUGCGCUGAAUGUGGCUCUUACAACACAGCGCAGGAUGGAGGACUUAUGCAGCAGCAGCAGGAGCCGCAGCCGCAGCAGCAGCCCUCAGACCUGCACACGGAGAAUGAGCCGGAGUCGCAGGACCAACCCGAAUCCCAGUCGCCACAUUAAAAGCCAAGAGGCAGUGACUUUUCCAUAUUUGACAUUUGUUUGAUGAACUUAAACAUAUUAAUAUAAAAACAAGUGAACCCAUUCAUUUCACUCGAUAUGAAAGAUGGAGGAAUUGUUGAAUCUCUAAUUAACACCGACAGACGGUUUGCAGCCACAGAACUGAAUGCUCUUAAGCUGUAAUAAACAGGCUUAAUACAGCUGCCUGAAAACAGCUGACUUUGUGCCAUAUGCCCUAAAUAAAAAAAAUAGACUUGUAUUUUGUAUAAUGCAUGUCAUGUGACAUUUUACAGAAGAUCUUGAGUUUUGGAAAAUGCCUAAUAAUUAAGAAAUAGGUAUGCAGCACGUUGUUGCUUUAUCAUAACGGCUUGUUAAAAAAAUAUUUGCUGUUUUCAUCUUGUUGUUCUUGCAGUCAUUAUUUAACUGCUUGGCUUAAAACAUUGUUAAUUAUGUCUAAAUCCAUUUGGAUGAAGAUAAAACUCCCAUCUUUAAAAAAAACCCAUCUCGACUAGUAGCUUCAUCUGUCUUUUGUUGCUUUUAAGUGGGUUGUAUGAAGUACACAUGAGAAGUCAUUAUCUUACCAGGAAACAGUCAUCAGGUCACUUUGUUUACCAAAACACUCUUGUGGGAAUCUGUCGGUUUGCGACUUUCAUAGUAUGACGACCUUGAAUAAAAUUGUUACACUUUUUCCUUAUU